GUGCUGCUUUCUGUCUGUCGGCUCCCGGACAGCAUCGCAGUGGCUGCCUGGGUGAGUGUCUCUGCGCUCCCACCAGAGGGGCUGGAUCUCCUGAUUGGAUCCAGCUGUUGCUGAAAGCUCUCAGAGGGGGCCGCCACAUCUGCACUGCUAAAUAAUCUGCACAGCGAUCCGAGUAGAAAACGGGACGUUUUCCUUAUAUAUUUUUAUUUUUUUUUUACCGACUGAAGGAAUUCCCGCAGGAGUUGGUCAAUGUGCCGAAGCUUCAGCUCGAUCACCCAGCGGUUAAUGAAAACAUGGUGUCGGCUUUUGCGUAAGGGCGCAAAGUUGGAGGAGAGAGGAGAGAGUCCCGCAGGGAUUCGGGUUCACGGGUCGCCUAAACGUUUCCUCUAACCGGGAGUUGAGCUGGAACCGUCUAACAAUGCGCGCUCUCAGGGUUUGUUCUCGUGCGAGGCUAUGCGUGUGUCGAGCUCCCAUGUCCUCAGGCAGCUGGCCUCCUCAAAACUUCACAACAAUAAAGUUCCCUCUUUGCAGAUUGUUCGCUGCUUUGGUAUUUGCUCUGCUUUGCAUCCAGUCUGCAGAUGGACAGGGCUGCCCACGCGGCUUUGAGUAUGACAGCAAUUUACAGCAAUGCUCAGAUGUCAACGAAUGCAGCUGGUCACAACCUUGCCAAGGAGAGAUGCUCUGCGUCAACCAGAUCGGAGGUUAUCAGUGCCUCUCAAGGGAAUUUUACGAACGGCCUUUUAGACCUGCGGGACCCGUCCCACCUGAGCAGAGUCGACCUAGCCUCCCUGAUAGGAGCCCAGACACCUUUGUUCCGGCGCCUGCGAGACCUGUGGAGCCAAGUUACCCCAUAUUGACAAACCGUGUGUUGUGCACCUUGGGGUAUGCUCCUGCCACAGAUGGCACCUGUAACGACAUCGACGAAUGCGAGACGAACUCCCAUCACUGCAACCCCACGCAGGUCUGCAUCAACACAGCCGGUGGUUACACCUGCUCCUGCACAGAAGGCUACUGGCUCCUAGCCGGACAGUGUCAGGAUAUUGAUGAAUGCCGUUACGGUUACUGCCAACAACUGUGCGCCAACGUCCCCGGCUCUUACUCCUGUUCAUGCAAUCCCGGCUUCCUCCUGAACUCGGACGGUCGGACCUGUCAGGAUGUGGACGAAUGUGAAGAAGAGCCUUGCUCCCACGGCUGUUUCAACACCUACGGCUCUUUUAUGUGCAACUGUGAUGAAGGAUUCGAGCUCGCAUCUGACGGCACAACCUGUAUUGACCUGGAUGAGUGCAGUUUUUCUGAGUUUCUGUGCCAGUACAGAUGUGUAAACACCCCCGGCUCUUUCUCCUGCAUCUGUCCACCUGGAUAUUAUUUAUAUGAGGACAGCAGGAGCUGUGAAGACGUCAACGAAUGUGAGAGUGGUACCAACAACUGCACGACAGAACAAGAACAAGUGUGUUUCAAUUUCCAGGGAGGCUUUACAUGCCUGGAUCCUUUACAGUGUCCGCCUCCUUACAUCACUGUCAGUGAUGAUCAGUGCAUGUGUUCAGCUGAGAACCCUGCCUGCAGAGGCUUGGCGUUCACCAUUCUGUACCGACACAUGGAUCUGUCGUCGGGGCGCACUGUCCCUGCGGACAUCUUCCAGAUGCAGGCCACCACGCGUUACCCCGGUGCCUUCUACAUCUUUCAGAUAAAGUCGGGCAACACUGGACGAGAGUUUUACAUGAGGCAAACCAGUAAUGUGAGCGCCACCCUCGUCCUGACGCGACCGAUUAAAGGGCCCAAGAAGGUGGUGCUUGACUUGGAGAUGGUCACGGUCAACAACGUCAUCAACUUCCGAGGCAGCUCCAUCAUCAGGCUGAUUAUAUUCGUGUCUGAGCACCCCUUCUGAGAGUCCCGCAGGAAGCCCAGCUGCACAGGACAGUCGUGCAUCACAUGCAGCUGCAGCUGCGCUCACAUGUAGCUUAUGUAAAUCUUUUGUUUGAGAAUACUCUUUUGUUAUGUUACCACCAUGCCAGUCAAAACACUUGGGAAAUGGACGAGAUCAGCUGAUGAGACGGCAUUCCUUUGCUGAGAUGACCUCAGGUUUCCUGGAAGCUGAGCUUUUAUGGCUCUGGGCAAAGAGGAAUAUUUAUAGUCUACGAUUUCAUACAUCCUCGUCUCAGAUUACUAAUUGAGUAUUGGUGUUUCUGCUUGAGCAUCCAUUCUCUUCUCAUUUAAGCUGUGAAAGUGUCCGCAAAUGCCGUCACUUUAUUGUGAGGGCAGCUCUAUCAUUACUAAAGACAAAAAAAGCAGGUUAUCGGAACAAGAUGAUUAAGCUGCCCUUGUUUUUCCGGCCAAGGAAACAAAAAGUGUUUCAGAUUAUGUAUCAAGCAUAGAAUAUAGGUCACAGAUUAUUUUUAGAGGAAUAAAUGACUUCAUCACAUGGACCA